UGCGUAUACAUUUACGUUCGUGCAUACCUGUGUUUUCACAUCGCGUGUGCGUAUUUACUUACAUUCGUGUGCAUGUGUAUUAAAAUUCGCCUGCGUGUACGUUCAGAUGUGUAUACGUGCGUAUCGAGAUUCGUGUGCGAGUCGAGCCUGUCGCCAUCUGUAUUGUCAAUGUUGUCGGCCAGCAGGAGCACCACCAGCCCAAUGGACCCGUGAGCAUUUUCGACUCUCCGCCCGAUAUUCUUCUAGACGUCUAUUCUCGACCGCGAAUCUCGACUUCCUCGUGUCGAGUCAUCGAAAGUCAUACGACAAUCCUUCACGGUCGAGCCUCGGCGCCGCUCGAGCGUCGCCGCGGAGUAACUCCGUCGCAAUGUUUACAUGCCACCCGCCACGGCGAUCAGUUUCUCGAAGAUCAUUGUGUUUUUCCAACUACUCAAGGCCUUAUAACGUUACGGGAAAACGAUUUCGUUUGAAUUAUAACUCUUCCUGCUGGACUGCCCCAUUUAUAACCUCUCCGCGGCGGCCAUCGAGGAUCAACGGCCGCAGACCCCCUGCAAUACAAUCGCUCCGAGAGGAAUCCGCUUUCUAGAUAAUAAAUACAUGGACGACUAUGUAGGUGCGCGCGGCUCACCUGCACGUGCCACAUACCGCUAGCUCACUUGGUAUAGUAGAAUGGCACAGCGAGGCAAACGAAUAAAUAGAAACGACAAUGAUUUGGCGUCUUGCCCAGGCGCAAUCAAAAGGCGCAAAUGUAGGGUGGGUCCAGCGACGGGUUCGUCGUCGCUGGCAGCUACCAUGGGGCCCUCAGAAGAGGAGGAGACGAUGGCGUCGUCCAGUCAAGGAGGGGCAUCCUGGACCCCCAGACCUCUUAGUGACAUCAAAAUCUCUAGUAUAUAUAAUCGCUCCUCUGCUGAAGCUCCUGCAGAAUUAUUUCGUAAGGAUUUGAUUAGCGCAAUGAAAUUACCUGAUAGUGAGCCACUAAGUCCCAAUGAAUAUUGGGUCAUUACUGAUCAAUGGAAGCAAGAAUGGGAGAGAGGUGUUCAAGUACCUGUCAAUCCAGACUCCCUUCCCGAACCAACAGUCACUAUGACACAAGCAACACCCAUAAAGCAGCACAGUGAAUUUAAAUUACCUAAAAAAUUCAUAAGGAUAUCUCGUGACGAUUAUUUCAACCCUGAAGAUCAUCAUUUAAGCACAACGCCGGCGCGAGCAGAAAAAGCUUGUGCCUAUGAUCUUGACGAUACUGAUAUUGCUUGGUUGGAUGUAUUAAAUGGUGAACGUGCUCAGGCUGGUCAAUUACCUAUCACGGAAUCGCAAUUAGAACGUGUGAUAGAAGAAUUGGAAGUUCGUUGUUGGGAAAGAAUACAGACCAUCGUAAAAAACGAAGAAGGCCUUGGCAUUGAAUAUGAUGAGAAUGUAAUUUGUGACGUUUGCAGAUCUCCUGAUUCUGAAGAAGGAAAUGAAAUGGUAUUUUGUGACUGUUGCAAUAUAUGUGUACAUCAAGCAUGUUAUGGAAUUACUUCAAUACCAGAUGGUUCAUGGUUAUGUAGAACUUGUUCUUUAAGUCAACGACCAGACUGUGUUCUUUGUCCUAACAAAGGUGGUGCUAUGAAGUGUACACGUAGUGGCCAGAAAUGGGCUCAUGUUUCUUGUGCUUUAUGGAUCCCAGAAGUCAGCAUUGGCUGUGUUGAAAGAAUGGAACCUAUUACUAAAAUAUCCAGCAUUCCGCAAAGUCGAUGGGCUCUAAUAUGUGUGCUGUGUCGAGAAAGGGUCGGUGCUUGUAUCCAGUGCAGUAUAAAGACGUGUAAGACAGCCUAUCACGUAACGUGUGCCUUCAAAUAUGGUUUGGAGAUGAAGGCAAUCAUUGAAGAUGAAAUGGCUGACGAUGGAGUAAAAUUAAGGUCCUACUGUCAGAAACAUAGUAGAACAAAUACGAAAGAUAAAGUUCAAGGCACUGGAGGCAGUAUAGGAAGUGGAGCUGACAAAGCAGGAUCAGAUUCUGAAGAUGCAGAAUCUAGAAGACGUAAAAGGAAAGAUAUGACUUCUGAGGAAAAAAAUCAAGCACGUGCUGCAAAAUUACAAGAAAUUGAAGCAGAAUUUGACAAACAUGUGAGUUUGAAGGAUAUCGCUUCGCAGCAAUUGGAUGUGGAUCCUGAUGGUAUUGUCUACAUUUAUAAUUAUUGGAAGCUCAAAAGAAGAGCCGGACAUAACAAACCGCUAUUGGCACCGCGUUGUGGAGAACUUUCGGGUAGUGGAUCGCGUAAUCAAGGACAAGCAGCAGAUCUCGAAAAGAUGAGGACAUUCGUGCAAUUGCGUCAAGAUCUAGAAAGAGUACGAAAUCUGUGUUACAUGGUUGGCAGAAGAGAAAAACUCUGUCGAUCUUUUCUCAGAUUACGAGAACAAACCUUCCACAAGCAAGCUUUAGUAAUGUCUGGACCACCUUUACCACCAGCAGCAGCCGCUGCUGUAAUGGAAGCUAAUCAUGGCCCGUCGAUAUACGACCGAUUAUAUUCUCAUCCUGACUCGGAGGAUCAUACUCAUGACUUUGACACAAUUGUUGCCAGAAUUGCUGGUAUAGACUCUCCGACUAAUGAAGAAAAGAAGACACAACAACAACCACAUCAACAACAACAACAACAGCAUAAAAAAUUGUACUUCAAUGGCUCCGUCCGGAGAAAGAACCUUUAUGGCAGUGAUUUAUCAUCUGUCAGUAGUAGUGAAACGGAUGCUGCAAAGGCAAAAACAACUGAAAAAUCGAAGAACUUGAAACUCGAAACUGAGUCAAGUACAGAAGAGGAAACUAACGUUUCGGCAAAAACCAAAUUAUCUCGAAGAAAAACGAAAAAGAAUGUUCAAUCGGCAGAUAAAUUGCAUUCAACACUUAGAGAAAAUAGUGAAAAUGAAAAGCUUAUGAAUAGUAGAUCGCAUACACUCGAACAUAUGGAAAAGGAAUUAGGAAGUGCUUCUGGUAGUGAAAGUGAUGAGUUGUUAACAUUAAGCAGUGGUGCAACAAAGCAUCUUGUUGCUUCAGCCAUUUAUUCAGAUACUGAUUCUGACUCUCAAGAACACGCAUCUCAUUCUGCAGUGUUAAUCACGAAAGCAGCUGUCAAGGAGUUUUCCGCGGCAAAUUUGUCGAAAAACUCGCAAAAAAGCUUCGGCAAAGAUUCUAGACACGUUGAAUUUACGUGUCACAACACAGGAUCGAAGAAUAAAGAAAAUCAAAAUAAAACUAGCGCAAAAAAGAAGGAAUAUAUACCUUCUGCGUUGAUUGUUCCACAGAGACAAGCUGCAAAGAAAGCUUCUGAAAUCAUGCAACGCACACAAGGCAAAAAAGACAAUUUAGUGCCUGAAUCUACACCGGAAGUAAUUAAGUCUCCCGUGGAGGAACUUCCGAAAGGUUCUUCUUCAAAACAAUCAAAAGAUAAAAGUCCUAAUAAAAAGCAAAGAGAAAAUAAACAGUCAAAAGAAAAUAAGAAUAAUGAUGUGUAUGAUUUCGAUAAAGAAUUUGGAGAUGGAACUGAGAUUUUGGCAUACGUACCGCAAAGACAAGCUGCUAAAAAAGCUGCGGAACACAUUAAAAGUGGUAUGGGGACUAAAACUACACAACAAAUAGAACAAGAAGUACUUGAAGGGAGAUCGAAAAAGGAAUCUCCAGAGACAGGUAAAAGGAAAGAACUUAGGAAGGAUGAUUCUUCGCGAAAAGAAGAACUUUCUUCACGAAAAGAAGAAACAUCUUCAUCGUCAUCGUCGUCAUCGUCCUCCUCAUCCUCUUCAUCAUCUUCAUCCUCUUCUUCAUCUUCUUCUUCCUCAUCCUCUAGAAAAGAGGAUCUUACAUCUAGAAAAGAAGAAUUGACUUCAAAGAAAGAAGAAACUUCUUCUAGGAAAGAAGAAAUUAUCUCAAAAGACAACCGCUCGAGAAGGCCUAGGAAACCGACAGAGCGGAAAUCAGUGCUUUCGAGUAACAGCGAUAGCAGCAGUAGUAGUAAUAGCUGUAGCAGUUCCUCAGAAAGUAGCAGUGAUUCUGAGAAUCUAGAACGGAGGAAAUAUUCAGAUGAGUUGAUAGAUGGUUCUUCUUCUACUACUUCCUCUGAAAGUGACUCUGGCAAUAGAACAAAAAACAAAACAGUUACAACUCCAAGCACAGCUAAUAGGAGACAGCAACAUAGCAAAACGUCACCGGAACGACAGGAAGUUGAAAGAAAACCAAUUUCAGGGCGGAAACUCAAGAAGCUGCCCGAGAAGAAGCUUAAAACUUCCGACGGGCGGCGGGGACCUGAGUUUCAGCCGCCUAUUGAGAGAGAGGAACCUCGUAGAACCACAAAAGAUCAACAACAACAACAGACACAACAACAAGAAGCAAUUGUCAAAAAACAAGAUCAAAGAGAUAACAAGAAGCAACCACCAGCAGCAACAGGAACGGAGGUUGAUGAGGAUUUGCUCGUUGGGGCUGGAGAUCAUGAUGGGUCAAGAAGUAUUUCUGGGUCCAGACCUACCAAAAAGUCGGGUCAAACUGGUAAGCAGCAAUCUUUGCCAAGGAAAGAAGAUAAAAAGACCAAAUCCGAAAGCAGAAAGCGAAAACCGAACGAAUCCAUUACGAAGGAUGAAAAGAGUGGGAAGGAGACGGUUAAGAAACCGGAGAAACGGUUAAAUGACAAACAGCCUAUCAAGAUAAUAGAAAAGAAAGACGAAGAAGACUGUAAGAAGGAUGAAGAGAAGAUUGUUGAUCAAGAAAAAGGUAAUGAAUGCAUAGAUAUUUCUACGAAGUACGAGGAGAAAAAGCUUAAAAAAAUAGGAGGUAAAGAUGCAAUCAAUACUUUGGAAGAAGAGAUGAAACAACGUAGAGCGGAAAGAGAUAGCCCGAAAAAGUCACUGAGGGGAUUAGACAAAUUGUUAGAAAAACGAGAGCAUCAUGAUAAAAUGUCUAAGAGUAAAAAUUCAGAGGUGAAAAUUGAGAAAGUUACUUGUGACGAUGAGAAGGAAGAAAAGGAAUCCAUGGAAGAAAAUCAGCAAAUGAAAGACAUUGUAAAGGAUGAAGAUCAUAAAAAUCAUAUUAACGAAAGUAAUAUCACUAUUGAGAAACCAAAACCAGAAGAACAAUUAGGGGAAGAGACAAUAAAGAAGGAUAUUGUUGAGGUAUCACAAAUUGAAAAAGUUCCAAUUGGGAAGAGAAAAACGGAUCGAAAUUUAGGAAAAAAUUUGGAAAACAUUAUUGAGCAACAAAGUGUUGAACCACAAAGUAUUGAAUCGCAAGUUGUUCCUACGGAAGAAAGUAUUCAGAAAGAAAACAACGAGGACGAUAAUGUUAAGUCUGUUUUGGAAAGAAUAGAAAAUUCAGAGAAAGAACACCAGAAACGACGAAAAUCGACAAAUAGGUCGAUUUUUUCGCCACAACAUGGUAAAGAUGCAAGUGUUUCAGAAUUGUUUGACUUUGAUCAAGAUAUGUUAACGGAAGAAAUAGUGAAUGAAGACGGAUUCGGUAUAUCAAGAGAUGCAGAAGAACGAGGUGUACCAUUAAGUUUCUCGUUUAAUAAUGAGUUGUGGUUCAAGGAAGAUUCGAAAGAAGAUAGUGCUAGGGAAACGUUGCAUCUCGUUGAAAAAUUGCGUAUGGAACUUUCGAAGAAAUCAAAUUCUAGUCAGUUCGAAUUAGAGGCAGUACCUGUAGAUGGCGAAAUCAAAAAGGAAGAACCACCGUUAGAGAAAACGUAUGAGCAGCAGCAACUACCACAGCAACUUCAACCACAACAGCCACAGCCACCACAAUUGCAACUGCAACAACAGCAACAACAGCUUACCCAACAACCAGAAAAAGAUACAAAAAUUCUUGAGCCUAUUACAGAACCAGUCCUAAAUGUGAAAAACAUUGAAAUUUCUGAAGAAGAGGUAGCUAAUAAUGAAACCCGUCCCAGUAGCUGUAAGAGUACAAUAGAAGAAAAGAGGAAAACUUGUUACUCGAGUGGUAAUGAUAGGUAUGCGGCCUAUGAAGAAGAUCGUGAAGCGAACAAAGUAAGCUUAGUGGAACGAUCGAAGCUUGAUCGAGCAGAGACUGACGAAAGAUGGGUUCCACCGAGUAUUAAUAGUUUUGAACCCAGUGAUGUGCAACAUUUGAAUGCUUUGAUGGAAACACAAAAUCGUCGAUAUGGCAAUCAUCAAUUUCCUAAUGAAUCUAUUCCAGAAAACGAGUCCAUUGCGCGUACUCAUUUGAAUGCACCGAAUAUACAGGAACAAUAUCUUUUACAGCAACCACAUUCGAUUCUUCAUAGCCAGCAAGAACCACACGAAAGAACUAUGCUCGAUCAACAAAUACCUGAAGAAAAUCCUAUGGAAAUGAUGAACAGACAUUUAAUUGGAUUGCCAGCAUCAGAGGAUGACCAAGCUACUGAAAUGAUGGAUAGAGUGCUUGAAAAGGAGGAUGACGUUGUUAGGCAGCAGGAGUAUGAUCAAAAUUCCCCGUAUAAUGAUAUAAAUGGUCGUCCAGAUACUAGGUGGGCGGAAAGUCAAGUUUUACCUUCUCGUAGGUCCACAUCUUCUUCGAUUACUUCCGCCUCCUCAGCAGAGGAUCAUUCCAUUCCACCGUAUAAGAAUGUAGCGAGCAUUCCGUUUCAACCAUGUUCCAUGGAAGCAACGUAUUACGCAGAUUCGAGUUAUGGUACUGGUCCAGUCAGUCUGUUUCCACCUGUUUCCUGUGCAGCACCUGUACCUUAUCCUUCUCCUGGGCCGGCCCUUUUUCCACCAGCAUUUGGAGCAGCUUUUCCAGGAGCACAAUCAUUAUUACCACACGUGAAGCCGUUAGAAGACUCGCUGAAUCUACAAGCUUCACCGUGUACCGCAGCGUUCACGUCUUCCUCACAUAACAUGGCACUUACUGCAGCCAUGGUCUCACCUACUAAAAUAGUAACUCCACCUCCACCACCACCUCCACCACCUCCACAAGUCACGGCUCCACCUGUAGAUUCUAUAGAGAGGACGCAACAGCAAUUACAAACGCAAGUAGUCGAUUCACCCUCCUUGCCAAUAAAUUUCCUAAACACCGUAGCACCAGAGAGUCAUGUCAGUGAUACCGUUGUUGAAAGUCUUCAAGAAGCUCUGACAGAUGGCAAAAGUCAACACUCUGGGAAGAAAUCACCUUGUAAACCUACCAGAACUUCUGCCCGUGUGACAUCGUUACAAGGAAAAUCUCCAGGAAAGUCUCCGAGACAGGAAGCUCAGAAAAAUGUACCUGGUGCGCGAGGUCGUGGCAGAGGAGCAAAGAAUUCAGCGCAACACUCCGGUUACAGAGGACGUGGACGUGGAAGAGGCAGAGGACGAGGUAGAAGUGGACAAAACUCAGGUCUUUCUUUGGUUUCUGGUGUAGGUGUCGGUCAACACGAUGACUCUAUCCAGAAUAAACUAGUCGGAACAGUAUACGACUUCGAUUCCGACGAAGAUUCGACUAGUGAAGCGAACAUCGCUGAUUUGCGUACUAUGAGGGAGCGAAAGAAAUCUACCGAUGCUGCAGCAGCCGGAGUUGAAAGGAGAGAUUCUGCAGUCAUAGCUUCCGGAGAAAGCGUUCAAUCGAGACUCUCUAGUCCUGGAGGUACUAAAAAAUAUCUGGAAGAUAGGAGACUUUCUUGCUCUCCGGGUCAUGAUGAUUCCGCUAUUGUGGAAAAUCAGUCAAAUGCCGGACAGAGUUUCGAAGCCGUCCUACCACUUAUUCCUGGUCCUGUCGACAUGAGAACUUAUAAUUCGACUCUCGAUGCUUCAAGCUCUUCCACAUUGCACGGCCAAACAUAUGAGAAUCAUUUCCUGGGUACGUUUACGAGUGUUUCCGCAAAUGAUCCUGCUUUGCCGGAUAUUGAGGAAGAUCUCGAGAAAGAAUUAAGAUCCGCACUGACCAAGCAAGGUCAGGAAGACUGUUCGAAACCGAGUUUUGACGCGAGUAUUGAUGCCUCGUCUUCCGGCUUUGUAGAUGCCAAUAAGGUCUCCUUGACUGACUCAAGGAACCAACUGAAGGUUAAGAUUAAAGGUCCUUUCCUUGAUGCGAAUUAUGUUGCUACCUCGUCGGUACCACCGCUUGCUCAACAAGCACCUGUAAUAAUCACUCCAACCGCUACCAGUGCUUCCAUCGCUUCCGGAACCUCAAAUCUUAGACGAAUGCGAAAGAAGGAAUUGCUCAGACAGUACUGUUCUCAGGAUAUGAAUAUGGACGAGCCAGGCUGUGGAAACCUUGCUACGUCUGCACCAAUCAUCAUGCCACAAAUUAAUCGCACAGUAAUAACGAUACCGAAAGCGGUUGCCUCAAUGACCAGCAUACCUACAAGAGAAGAUUAUAAAGCAGUUGUUGAUGCGAACAUGGAAAAAAAGAGAAGGAAAGAGAGAUCCACCGGGUUUCUGGAUACUAACGAGGAAGAGGGAAGCGUUGAGAGAAGGCGGGGCAGUGCUACUAACGGUGCUAGUUCCAGCGGUAACGCUCCGGUAGGAAACACAGAUCGUAGGAGAGCAAGGCAGAGUAGUGCUGUUAGAUCAACAACUACGACGACUACAACCACUACCACGAACAGUGGUCCGCCGAAGUUGAAGAUCAAAAUCGGCAAUAGCAUAAUAGGUGGGCAGGAAAGUGGUCAGGAUGACAGGACAAGGAUCAGGCCACCGAAGAAGCGGUUGAGCAGUAUUCCUAGUAGUACACCGAGUAUCGAGGAAUUAAGGAGGGAAAGUAUGAAGUUUAGGCGUAUGAUAAUGGCCGGUUUCGAUAAUGAUGAGAAACUAAGGGCAAAGAGUAAAAAGGAUAAGAAUGGUAAACGAAAGAAACGACAGUCAAGUAGAAAAGAAGCUAGGGUACGUAUCCUUGAAGGUGGAACGGCACCACCGAAAUUAAUCAUAAGACUGGGCAAAGGUAAUGAUUCUCCGGACGAAUUACCAAUCUUGCUCACGGACGAAGAAGAAGAUGAAGAAGAGGAACGACAUCCGACUGAUAGUAGAGUAGGACCUCCACCCCCGGAACCGGCUAAAGAUGAACCUGUCUAUCCAUCAAUAGCUGCUAACAUUGAAGAGAAACAACCUACCGAUCCGGAUACUGGUGGCAGCGCACCAAGAAACGUUCGUUCGGCUAAAGUAACGCCGAUCAGGUUAAAAUUGACACGCUGCCAAGAGGGCUACGAAUUGAAGGGCUCGCCAGUUCACGGCGAGGAGUCCAAUUUAAUGACGGAGAAACCGCGAAGUCCCGAAGUUUCAAACGAGAUGAGAAACCCACCAGUCAAGGGCCAAGACGAAGAAUCCUCCAGGGAGGAGGAAGAAGAAGAAGAGGAGGAAAACAAUAGUUCCGUGCAAAGGGACUCCUCCACGUGUCCUACCGCGGCAAGUAUACCGCAGGGAUGCCAAGUUAGCACAUUGUAUAAGACUGCUACAAUCUGUCUGUUAUCUGGAGCCACUUUUCUUAAAAAAUUGUUACACGAUGACUCUAUCCAGAAUAAACUAGUCGGAACAGUAUACGACUUCGAUUCCGACGAAGAUUCGACUAGUGAAGCGAACAUCGCUGAUUUGCGUACUAUGAGGGAGCGAAAGAAAUCUACCGAUGCUGCAGCAGCCGGAGUUGAAAGGAGAGAUUCUGCAGUCAUAGCUUCCGGAGAAAGCGUUCAAUCGAGACUCUCUAGUCCUGGAGGUACUAAAAAAUAUCUGGAAGAUAGGAGACUUUCUUGCUCUCCGGGUCAUGAUGAUUCCGCUAUUGUGGAAAAUCAGUCAAAUGCCGGACAGAGUUUCGAAGCCGUCCUACCACUUAUUCCUGGUCCUGUCGACAUGAGAACUUAUAAUUCGACUCUCGAUGCUUCAAGCUCUUCCACAUUGCACGGCCAAACAUAUGAGAAUCAUUUCCUGGGUACGUUUACGAGUGUUUCCGCAAAUGAUCCUGCUUUGCCGGAUAUUGAGGAAGAUCUCGAGAAAGAAUUAAGAUCCGCACUGACCAAGCAAGGUCAGGAAGACUGUUCGAAACCGAGUUUUGACGCGAGUAUUGAUGCCUCGUCUUCCGGCUUUGUAGAUGCCAAUAAGGUCUCCUUGACUGACUCAAGGAACCAACUGAAGGUUAAGAUUAAAGGUCCUUUCCUUGAUGCGAAUUAUGUUGCUACCUCGUCGGUACCACCGCUUGCUCAACAAGCACCUGUAAUAAUCACUCCAACCGCUACCAGUGCUUCCAUCGCUUCCGGAACCUCAAAUCUUAGACGAAUGCGAAAGAAGGAAUUGCUCAGACAGUACUGUUCUCAGGAUAUGAAUAUGGACGAGCCAGGCUGUGGAAACCUUGCUACGUCUGCACCAAUCAUCAUGCCACAAAUUAAUCGCACAGUAAUAACGAUACCGAAAGCGGUUGCCUCAAUGACCAGCAUACCUACAAGAGAAGAUUAUAAAGCAGUUGUUGAUGCGAACAUGGAAAAAAAGAGAAGGAAAGAGAGAUCCACCGGGUUUCUGGAUACUAACGAGGAAGAGGGAAGCGUUGAGAGAAGGCGGGGCAGUGCUACUAACGGUGCUAGUUCCAGCGGUAACGCUCCGGUAGGAAACACAGAUCGUAGGAGAGCAAGGCAGAGUAGUGCUGUUAGAUCAACAACUACGACGACUACAACCACUACCACGAACAGUGGUCCGCCGAAGUUGAAGAUCAAAAUCGGCAAUAGCAUAAUAGGUGGGCAGGAAAGUGGUCAGGAUGACAGGACAAGGAUCAGGCCACCGAAGAAGCGGUUGAGCAGUAUUCCUAGUAGUACACCGAGUAUCGAGGAAUUAAGGAGGGAAAGUAUGAAGUUUAGGCGUAUGAUAAUGGCCGGUUUCGAUAAUGAUGAGAAACUAAGGGCAAAGAGUAAAAAGGAUAAGAAUGGUAAACGAAAGAAACGACAGUCAAGUAGAAAAGAAGCUAGGGUACGUAUCCUUGAAGGUGGAACGGCACCACCGAAAUUAAUCAUAAGACUGGGCAAAGGUAAUGAUUCUCCGGACGAAUUACCAAUCUUGCUCACGGACGAAGAAGAAGAUGAAGAAGAGGAACGACAUCCGACUGAUAGUAGAGUAGGACCUCCACCCCCGGAACCGGCUAAAGAUGAACCUGUCUAUCCAUCAAUAGCUGCUAACAUUGAAGAGAAACAACCUACCGAUCCGGAUACUGGUGGCAGCGCACCAAGAAACGUUCGUUCGGCUAAAGUAACGCCGAUCAGGUUAAAAUUGACACGCUGCCAAGAGGGCUACGAAUUGAAGGGCUCGCCAGUUCACGGCGAGGAGUCCAAUUUAAUGACGGAGAAACCGCGAAGUCCCGAAGUUUCAAACGAGAUGAGAAACCCACCAGUCAAGGGCCAAGACGAAGAAUCCUCCAGGGAGGAGGAAGAAGAAGAAGAGGAGGAAAACAAUAGUUCCGUGCAAAGGGACUCCUCCACGUGUCCUACCGCGGCAAGUAUACCGCAGGGAUGCCAAGUUAGGUGAUAAUUAAUGAUACUCGUGGAGUAAUGGAGCAGAGGACACAAACAUACAUACACACGGUGCUUGUAUGAUUUUUACAGUCGAUAAAGAAAACGGACUCGAUACACGUUUGCGGUUACUAGCUGUGAAAGCACGUUGCCGUAAUAAGGUGAAAAACUGUUCCUCCAAGAUACGGUCCAAGAAGAUCGAGAAACAUGAAACAAAAACGCUCAUUUCGGCGAGAGGAACAAGGUGGUCGCGACUUCUAAGAUAUACUCGUUUUGGACUCGCUUCAACGGACGUUCUCCGACGUUAAAUAAGAAGAACUUAUACUCCUCGAGGAAAAGUAAUCCGGUUUUAUUCUUAAACAAUACUCGAGAGAUGAAAACGGGCGUGCCAUUUCGC